AUGGCUUCUUCUAAUGGUGGUGUGCCUCCGGGAUUUAGAUUUCAUCCGACGGAUGAAGAACUGCUUCAUUACUAUUUGAAGAAGAAGGUGUCCUUUCAGAAGUUUGACAUGGAUGUCAUUAGAGAGGUGGACUUGAACAAGAUGGAGCCUUGGGACUUGCAAGAAAGAUGUAGAAUUGGAUCAACUCCACAAAACGAGUGGUAUUUCUUCAGUCACAAGGACAGAAAGUACCCCACGGGGUCAAGGACUAAUAGAGCAACGAAUGCAGGGUUUUGGAAAGCCACAGGAAGAGACAAGUGCAUUAGGAACAGCUACAAGAAGAUUGGAAUGAGAAAAACCCUUGUGUUCUACAAAGGCAGAGCUCCUCAUGGACAAAAGACUGAUUGGAUCAUGCACGAGUACCGCCUCGAAGAUAGCAAUGAUCCUCAAGGGAACAACAAUGAAGAUGGCUGGGUGGUUUGCAGGGUUUUCAAGAAGAAGAACCUAUUCAAGAUUGGAAAUGAAGGUGGCUCCACACACAACUCAAACCAACAAGCCAACAAUUCCUCAGGCACCAAUGCUCGCUCCUUCAUGCACAGGGAAAAUCAGUACUUACUCCAUCAACAACAAAACCCUAGGAACCCAUCAGGGUUUGAGCUAGAUAAACCUGAGCUUGCUCUCCACUAUCCCCAUUUGCAAAACCCUCAAUACUCACUCUUCCAGUCCCAACCUCUUCUUCAUACCCAAAAACCAUUGGUUUAUGACUACUCAUAUGCAUCAUCUUUGCCAUCAGACCCUCCUAUCAUAGCGAAGCAGCUCAUGACAAACCCUAGAGACUGUGAGAGCGGCAGCGAUGGCCUCAGAUACCAAGUUUCGGAGCCUGGCAUGGAAGUUGGCUCGUGCGAACCAGCUCAAGAAAUGGGUGCUGGAAGAAGUGAAGGAAUGAAUGAAUGGGGUGUGCUUGAUAGGCUAGUGACCACCCAUCUUGGAAACGAAGACUCAACCAAAGGGGUUAGGUUUGAGGAUGCAAAUCCACAGUCUGUUCACCAAAUCAACCAGCUUUCAUUGCGGGGAGAGAUGGACUUUUGGGGCUAUGGAAAACAAUGA